CAUUCCUGGCAUUCCGACCUCAGUCCCUCCUCGGUUACUUAUUAUCGCCGCCUCUCUCCCUCUCGCUCCACAACCAGUCCUCAGCGCGAGGCGCCGCGACGCACCGGACCGUCCCGCGGGAGGAAGAUGAGCCUCGUUUGACUCGUGUAGGAAAACAGUGGAACUACUUGGAUUUGUACGUUUCACCUCGAGGUCGAGAAGAAGGUUUCGUUAUGAUGAGAGCGUGAGCUGGUCCACAGCUGAUUUAUUCGAAUACUUUCUAACUGAGAAGAAGAGCCCAAUAGGUCUUCAGAGAGAAUAAUAACGCACGCAAAGGAGCAUGACGUCCACCGAAGAGCCGUCUGGCACGGUCCUGCACCGACUCAUCCAGGAGCAGCUCCGCUAUGGGAACCCGACGGUCACCCGUACCUUAUUAGCCAUCCAGCAGCAGGCCCUGCGCGGAGGCAGUGGAAGCAACAGUGGACCCAGCAGCGGGGGCGACAUGGGCCGGAGCCCACGUUCCUCUCUGGAGAGUCUUACCCAGGAGGACCCUCCGUUCCCUCAGCUCUCCGCGAGGCAGGAGCCUCAGGGCCAGGAGCACCAGGGAGACUACCACCACUCAGAAAGUGGUUUCCAGCUCUAUCAGCUACAUGGGGAGGAAUUGCCGACUUACGAGCAGGCCAAGGCGCAAUCUCAGUAUCUGGCCUCUCACUGGGCCCCUACGGGCCCAAUCGGGCAGCUCCACGAAGGGAAGCUCCUGCACGAGGGGGUCUUCCAUGAGGAGGCAGAUUUGAUGGAGCUGAAGUGCAACCAUGUGCGGUCCCUCAGUGAGCAUCACAUGCAGAUAUCUCUGGAGAGGAAUAAUGCAGCUUCUAGAGCAGAGGCCAUCAAGAGCACCUCUCACAGCUACCCAGAGCUGCCUUACUACAGCCCACAAGCCCUCCAAAGCACGGGGCCGAGCCUGGGCCAACGCAGUCCUCCUCCAGUGUACUCAGUCCCCAUUCAGAGCCAAGGCUAUAUGCCUCACCAGGUCCAGGAGCCAGUGCAGGCACAGCAGCACAGGUAUGUCCAGUCUGGUCAGCUGGCCGAAGUCCCCUGCUACAACACUUUCAUCAGCCUGCCGCCUGCUGGCCUGGAGGAGCCCAACCAGGUGGAGCUGCUGCUGAUGGAGAAUGAGAGGCUGAGGCAAGAGCUGGAGGCGCACAGGGAGAAGACUGGCCGUAUUCAGAAGUUGGAGCAGGAGAUCCAGCGUAUUUCUGAGGCCUAUGAGACACUGAUGCAGGGCAGCAGCAAGAGGGAAAACCUGGAGCAGACAAUGAGGAAGAGGCUGGUAACAGAGAUCAGGAGGCUGCAGGAUUUUAACAGAGACCUGCGAGAAAACUUGGAAAAUGCCAGAACGCACGUUGCAAAAGAAGUAGAAGCAGCCGACCACAACCAGCACAUCAUGGCAAAGCUCCUUGAGCAAAAUGAGGAGCAGAACUUUGAGCGGGAGCGCGUUGAGCGAGAACUGCAGCGAUUGCGCGACGCAGCAGACGAGCAGAGCCUCAAGGCGAAGCGACUCGAGGAGGCCCUGGACUCGGCUCGAGGACGAGGGCGCCAGCUCGAGGAGGAGUUAAGGAGGAAGAGGGCGUAUGUGGACAAGGUGGAGAGGCUGCAGAGUGCACUGGCUCAGCUACAGUCCACUUGUGAGAAGAGGGAGAGCCUGGAGAUGAAGCUGCGGACGCGACUAGAGCAGGAGCUGAGGAGUCUGAGGGCACAACAGAGGCAAUCCCAGCCACCAGGAGUGACCAUGGGCUCCCUCCAUGAGCGUCUACGUGAGCGGGAGGAGCGGAUCCUGGCCCUUGAGGCCGACAUGGUGCGCUGGGAGCAGAAGUACCUGGAGGAGAGCACCAUGAGGGAAUUUGCCAUGGAGGUGGCUGCCACUGCCGCUGCCCAGAGAGACACCACCAUCAUUAACCACUCGCCCUGCCACUCCUCUAACAACAGCUUCAAUGAAGACCUGCCAGUUGCUGACUACAGGAAUCAAGAGAUGGAGAACAGGAUCCGUGCUCUUUAUGCUCAGAUCUUAGAAAAGGAUGCUGUGAUCAAGAUCCUCAACCAGCGGCUGCACCAGGACCAGGGGAGGAAGGACGAGCAAAGUACCCGAACAAACCACGCGAACCCAGCGGGGGCACCUCUCCGACCGGCCUCCUCCACUCCCUCCAUCAGCACCAUCCAGAGCAACACAACGAGUAGAGGUAAGAGUCUUUCAGAUGAUCAGACUUUGCCGAACCGUCAGUUCUCUGCUCAGUCCGAACCCGGAACGCUAGAGCGGCACACGGAGCGAACCAGUGCCGAAGAGGCUGCCAGCUCAUCUAAGCUCCACAGUGAAAAGGCAGCAGCGAAAAAGUUGCUGUCAAACCCUUUCAGGGGCCUGGAAGAGUUGGAGUCGGAGGCAGUGGAAAUCUUCAUUUAAAGAACUGAAAAGUGGAAUUUUAAAUGAGGAGAGAGAAAAAAAGCUAUUCUGAGAAUCUGUGAAGAGUGUCUUUAAAUAAGUGAAUGGAAGAAAAUACUGGAUGCAAGAAUGUUAUGGAAAGAGGCCACAUUGUGGGGGAAAAGAAAGGACAGUUUUCACAUUCACAUUAGAGACAGAGCUGUGCUCCGACUCACUUACUCUCACUAAGCUGGACAGCUGCAGGCAGUCGGCCUGGCUGAGUGAGAAGAGAUGAAUCUUCUGAGGUACUUGGACAGUAUUGUGGAUUGUAAUAGGGCAACAUGUUCUCAGAGAGUGUAUGCCAAAAAUAUUUAUACAAAUAAAUAUAUAUAUAUAAAUAUAUGUAAUUGCUGCUCCCCCCCAUACCCACCCCCUCUUUAUCCCUUUUUUUUCCAAUCCGGUGAAUUAAGAAGCUAUAUAUUAAUCUAAUCUGGUUUCCACAUUCCACAGAUAUUAAAGCCUUGUUUUCUUCUAGAUAAUUUUUCAGUUAAAGGUUAUCUGUGUGACCUUCAUUCCCCUCCUUUCCAGAAACUGUUAAUCUGAAAAACCUCAUUCCUCUCACAUGGAUGUUAUCUGUUUGGCAGACUUCCCCUUGUUCAAUAAUUUAAACACAUGAAACACUGAUUUAAAUGCUCUCGCUGUCCAUGUUCAUUAAGUCCGAGUGGCUGGUUCUACAAAGGCUUUGAGGUGUCCGAACAGUGAGUUACAUAAUAUAUAAAAGACAAUUUGGUAUGGAUUUUUUUUGCCAAACUGACACAGACCUGGUGUUGUUUGUAAUUUUGGGAGGGUGUUGAUUUCAUUUUUUUUCUUUUUCUAAACUAUUUCCCUCUCAAAGUAUGUUUGCAUGUGUGAUUACAGUAUGUGAGUGUGUUUCCUGACAUGGUGAUGCUGCUGGUCUGGUCACCAUUGUGGGAUAAAAAGUUGAAACGACACCGUGUUGGUUUUGUGUUUACUGUUAGUUUCGAACUAACAAACAGGUGAAUUAUUAUAAUUAUUACUGUUAUUAUAUAUUUUAUACAGAUGUUUGUAUUGUUAUUUUAGAUAUAAUAGUGCUUUGAGAAAGACGCCAAAGAGUUUAUGUUUGUAUGUUUGUUGUAAGUUAUGUGCCGACAAUCAUGGUCAUGUCAAGCUGCACCCAACCAACCAAGUGUUGACUUCAAACAGGCAUUUCUGUGAACUUCAAACAGUAUGAAGGUUUUUACAGUUGAAUUCAUGCAACAUUUCAUAAAGCAAUAAAAUAUUCUAAUAUACAUUCA